UCGAACAACUUCAUGACGCAAAUAGAAAUAGGGUAGAAUCAAGGCUUACCGUCCUUUUCCUAAAAUGGGACAAGAUAGAGCGGAUUUCCCAUCACGAUGAGCUUGUCUGCGAUGGCGGGCUCCCGGCAGAAGUUGUCGUCAGUUCUGGGCCGUGCUGUGAGCCCGUGGCGGGCGGAGGGAGUCAGCGGCAGGGGCCUGGCACUGGGCGGGUCUGGUGGUGACCUGGUCCGGCCGAGGACAGGUCCCUCCCUGGUACAGGCAUACAGCAAAGCCACAGUUUCUACCAGUCCUGCUGAGGACCACAGCCAGGCCAGGCCUUUCUCAGACAUACCUGGUCCUCCGUCUGUGCCCUUCUUCGGCUCUUUCUUUCACCUGUGGUGGGAGGGACUCUUGGCGAAAGAAAAGUUUAAGAAAAAUCACAUCAUGGGCACGGAGUUUUUCCGUCAGUACGGUCCUAUUUACAGGUUCAAGGUUGUGAAUGUUGAUCUGGUGUUAAUGAAGGACCCAGAAGCAGUUAAGGAACUGUUUAAGAAGGAAGGGAAGUAUCCAACACGACUAGACAUCAAGCCUUGGAGAAGGUACAGGGAAAUCUCAGGCAAGCCAAAGGGAGUGGCUCUGAGUGAUGGUAAAGAGUGGCACAAAAACAGGACGAUAAUGGCACGACCCAUGUUACGUCCGAAACACGUGUCUACGUACGUCAGAAACCUGGACAUGGUGUCGUCUGACAUGAUCGAGCGGCUUCGGGUACUCCAGGCAAGGGCUGAUGGGAUAGAAGUACCGGACAUAGGAGACGAACUGUUCAAAUGGGCUCUAGAAUCCAUCUGUUCUGUCCUAUUUAAUGAGCGGAUGGGAUAUCUGCAAGACAACAUUCCCCAAGAUGCACAGGACUUCAUCCAGGCCAUGCACACUAUCUUCCUAACGACGAACACUCUCCUAUUUCCCGAAACAGACGUACACCGCUUUCUGAGGACAAAACCCUGGAAACAGUCCAUGGAGGCGUGGGACACAGUAUUCCGUGUUGGUGAGCAGGUGAUGGACCGACAGUUACAGGAAGCUCUGGAGCGGGAGGAGAGAGGAGAGGAUGGCGAGGAUCAGCCCAACUUCCUGGCCUUCAUCAGCAGCACGGGGAGGCUGAGCAAGGACGAGAUUUACUCCAACACCAUCGAGCUCAUGGGAGCAGCCAUCGACACGACGUCCACCACUCUCCUGUGGACGCUGUACGAACUGUCACGUCGACCUGAACUCCAGGACAGGCUGCACCAGGAGGUCACACAGGUCAUAGGUCAGGACAAGGUCAUGACCUGGGAUGACCUGAAGGACCUGCACCUGCUGAAGGCUAUCAUUAAAGAGUCACUCAGGAUGUAUCCUGUAGCCCUAAUCGUCAGUCGUAUCCUGCAGGAAGACACAGUUCUCAUGGGAUACAAGUUACCUGCAAAGACGUGUGUUGCUGCCCAAGUGUACGCCAUGGGGCGGGAUCCACACCUGUUUCCUGAUCCUGACCAGUUCAAACCUGAGCGAUGGUUAAGAACAGGAGAGGGUCAUGACGACAUCAACCCCUACAGCUCUCUGCCGUUCGGCGUCGGACCUCGCAGCUGUAUUGGUCGCCGUGUUGCAGAGGUUGAGCUGCAGCUUUUUCUUGCAAAGAUGUCCCAGCAGUUUGUAGUAAGUCAGGUGGAGCCAGAAGAGAUUUCAUCAGUUGCACAGCCCUUACUGAUGCCAGAAACACCGCUGCACCUUAGAUUUGUGGACAGGAAGUAAGGAACUCUCUAAGGAAUAGUAUAAAGUGAGGAUCGUCUAAUCCUCAAGCAACUAGCAUCUUUUAUCAGGACAAAGAUGAUAAUGACAGAUGAUAGUAAUAGAAGAGUUUAUAUCUUUAUGGUAAAAAAGGAUAUAAUGUUCCUAAGGGUAUUGUAUCUUAAUUUUGUUAUCUAUGCAAGUGAGUGGACAGUGUGGGAUAGUGUGAUACAAUAUGUUAAUCAGAUUUUGUUAUAUCAUCAGAAUUCCUCGUACACUGUGUGCAUGAUUUUAUGUAGAACAAGAAUUCGGAGAUCUCAGACCUCCGUCAAAUAUGUAGAUCUUGUGUAAUGGUGAUUGUGUCCUCUUCUCAUUCAUCAUGGUGUUUAUUCUUCGUGCAAGGGAAAUAACACCAAUUACCAGCUAGCUGUUAAGGAGGUCAUGUAACUAAAACACCAGC